AGGCAGCGCAGCACGUACGUACAGGCGCAGCUAUAUGUCAAAGUUUUCCGUCAUUCAAUUUUAGUUACUCUUUCCGCACAUUGAACUAAAAUAACUGCUAAAUGUGUUUGUAACCAAAGCUUCGGCAAAUACAAUAUCUUAUUACGAUUACAUGCAAUUACUUGUGAAGGACGGUGGAAUCGCAGGGCGGCCUCGGACUGGUUUUGUGCACCGGUACUCGCUUAGUGAUGUGCCAUGCGUGUGGGUGGUAAUCAGGUUAUGAACAGCCCAGCUCUUUCAAGGGUCCUGCAAAAAGGAUGUGGCAGGCUGCAGGCAGAGGCAGUCGCUAUGUCUUAAUUAAAGGCACCCUUGCUGCAUCUGGUGCAGAUGUCCUGAUAACCAACAAAUACCACAUAGGUUGAGAAACCCCCGGACAACUUGUGAAUGGAACAUCCUCCCACCAGACGUUAGAGCUCAACCUGACAUCAAAUAAUUCAAAGAGAGACUGCAUCAAAUAAAUAUGGAUGAGCUGGUCAAAAAAGCUCAUUACAAAAUUUAAUCACCACUGCCACACUGACCUAUACGUUAUACCACCAUCUGCAGUGUUUGCAUACUAUCCAGCAGAAGCAGAAGAGACCGCUAGUCACGACACUUGUUUCAAUUGAACGCAUCAAGUGACCAUGGCAGAAACCGACACCUGUUGUCGAGUGUAGCAUCCAAGGAUUCACACCCAAGCUUGACCAAAUACGAUACUGUCAAUGGGGACAUUCUAAGUGCGGAGACCCCAUCUCCUGUGACGAACAGCUUGAAGAAUGAGAGGGGAAAGCCCAUGGCAGGAGAACACGUGGUGUACAAAAGAAGGUGGUUCAUUCUGGCCGUCUUCUCGCUACUUUGUAUGUUGCAAGCAGCAACGUGGAACACAUGGGGUCCCAUCGCAGACACAGCCAAGGGUGUGUUAGACUGGACGGAUGGUGACAUAGCCCUGUUGGCCAACUGGGGUCCCAUUACAUUCGUAAUCACCGGCUUUUUCUUUUCCUAUCUACUUCUCAUCAAAGGUCUCAGGUUUUGCGUAUUAUGCAGUUCCUUGAUCUUCCUAAUGGGAGUCGCUAUACGGUGCAUUCCUGUCGGUGUAGAAAACGUGAAGUGGACAAUGAACGCUGGCCACGUUUUAAUUGGCAUAGCUGGUCCCGUUAUGAUGUCAGCACCAACUGAAUUAUCAGCGGUCUGGUUCCCGCCUCACCAACGGACUACCUCCACAGCCAUUUCUUCUACCUCGGCAUUUUUUGGCAUGUCCAUGUCGUUUCUGGUGGGGCCAUUAGUGGUCACAAGUCUUCCGCAAAAUGCAAGUUCAAAUGCAGAAUCCAUAGACCCAAAGGAGAAAGCACUGUACUUCAAUGAGAUAAUGAAGUUAAUGUAUAUAGAAUGUGGAGCUGUGGCCGUCGUGGUCAUCGCGGCUCUAUUGUACUUCCCUGAGAAGCCACCAACCUCACCCAGCUUAUCUGCCACCAAACCUCGGGAAAGCUUCAAAGAUGGAGCCCUGAAGAUGAUCAAGAGCACCCAUUUUUGGAUUCCUGCGGCAGCCUACAGCAUAUCAUCUGGAGUUUACGGUGGCUGGACCACGCAAAUGGACACAAUUUUCAAGACUACUCUGAAUAUAGGACAGGACACUGUUGGUUGGAUUGGAUUCAUCUCCAAUAUUGCUGGGAUGCUGGGAGGCUUGAUAGUUGCAAGACUUGUAGACAUCCUUGGUGGUAGGAUGAAGGCAGUAUUGAUUUCACUCACCCUGGCAGCCUUCGUUAGCUGUGUAUGGUGUGUCCUACUCUCAAUGAAGUAUAUCUCAUACAGUUUAGUGAGCAUCUACAUUGCAUGUAUCUUCAUUGGACUUUUCAUCAACGCCUCCGUGCCCAUAUACUUUGAGAUCACGGUCGAGGGCAUGUAUCCUGUCUCGGAAGGCAACAUAACAAUGGUACUGACAUACCUGAACAAUGUGGCUGCUCUGAUAUUCCUGUUGCUGCCGAUGAUUCCAAAUCUAAGUGUGAUUUGGAUGAACUGGCUCCUUCUAGGUUCCGUCUUCGUGUGCUUGCCUCUCCUCAUGAUGUAUAAGGAGCAUUAUAAUCGUCUGGAUGAAGAUAUGACGGAAAGUAUCCAGAGAGGAUAACAAAUGAUAUUGUCCUCUUCUAGGGCUGUGCAUGUUCAAAUAAUUUCAUAUUUGAUUAUUCUAACUUGGAUUGAUUGAAUAUUCAAAUAUUUGAAAUGCACCGAUCAAAAUUAACAGCCACUUGAAUUAUCAUGUUUUUAAUUCAUAAUUUUCUCUCACUAAGUAAGUUAUGAACUUGCCAAUGAGACGUUGCACACAAAUCUUCUGACAGUAUUAAGGUUAAGUUUGAAUUGGAGUGACUUGCUCCCAAGUUUUGACAGUUCUAUAUCCCCCUGGACUGUGUAGAGUACUAAGUGUAAUACAGCAUUAUUACAUUUAAAAAGUACAUUUUUCCCCCCACAAUUAGUGGGUAUGUGGAAGACUGACGUACUAAUUUUGAAACUCAUAUUUGCUUGUAUUCCCACAUACUUCUCAACCAAGAAGUAUGAAGGCAUUAUUUUAUAUAUUUUGAUAAUUAUUCAAUGAAGUGAGAUUGAUAUUUGUUUUAAUAUCAACUAACUUGUAAUUAAUAGAAUGUCUGUGAAGGGUUGGGUUUGUAAGAAAAUAAUAUUUUAUGUUAUGAAUAUUACAUGAACACCUGUCCAAGUUUGUAGUAUUGUUAUCUCACAAGCUCUUGGAAAGCACUGAAUAUAUAACAAUUAUAUAACAAUGAUAUUUAAAAUUUCAAGAUAUUUGCACAUAUCUACAUCAAAGGUGUUAUUGAUCAAAGGUGUUAUUGAUAUUUACAUGUAACAACUAUCACUCAGGACACCGGUAAAGUCAAUACAAUUAAUACACAAUGUAUAUAGGUCCACAUUUUUAAUAUUGCAAUGAAUGUUGACUUUUGUGGCUUCAUAUAGUAUGCUACUGCAUUUCCAAUAAUAUAAGAAGGUGUUAUAGGCAGUGAUUACGUAUCAUAGGUGGUUCGUUCUAAAAUUUUACACAUUUAUACAAACUUUUUAUAAUUUUUUUUCCAGCAAUGUACAUUGAUAAAGAUGAUACUCGUUUUUCAUGUGUAUAAUGCUUGAAAUUAGAAAUGCUGGCAUUUCUACCAUGACUGUAAAUUUAAUUGGUAUAUUUUUUAAAUUUAAAACAAAUAGUCGACUUUUAUCCAAUUUCUCGUCACUCCAAUCGUGAUUGAUGCCUUAUGCCGUUGAAUUUAAUGUAAACUUUUCAUUCUAGACGGUUUGACACAACUCAUGUAAAUACGGGUAAAAUUUUGGUGGUUUUUGUUAGAUGAUUAUUUGAGUUAUGAUUAAUUGUAUUUCCUUUUGUAGUACGUAUAUGUGGCAAUUUUGGUGAAACUUCAAAACCGAUUGUUGCACUAAAACAUUUUUAUAAAAUAUCAACUGGAAAUCAAGUCUUUCACAUACUGCCAUGUUUUAUUUAAAUGUCAGUUAUUUUGAGGAUAGUCAUAAAUUAACAUGAAAUCAUACGGUGGGCAGAAAAGUGAUUGCACUUUAUUAUUAUGUCAAAAUUUGACAUUAACGUAUCGGUUUUCUUUGAAACUGCCAGAGAAAAAGAAAGGAAAUAUUAAGAUUCCAUUCAAGUAUGUGGACUAACAGCCAUUUUUGAAUCGUAGUGAUAAAUUAAUAUUUAUAACAUUUUUAAACACCUUACAGUGCCUUAAUACACAUUUUUCUUAAUUUGUGCUUGGAAUUAAAUCGAUAAAUCUCGAAUAACAACUUCAACAGUAGCUGCAUUUUCAACGCACUGUCUUAAGAUUAAGAAUCUUACGAUUAACCACAACGGUACUAAUUAAAUACUAAUUAAAGUUUGCAUUGUUUGCAAUCAACACAUAGUUUGAACAUAAUAAAUUCUUGGGAAAAAUGUUGUA